AGUGACUUCUGGUGUCGCGGUACGUGGCGUUGUCUCCUGCCGUGCUGAGAGGACGCUCCCGAGGACACUGCAGCAGCACAGUGAAAGCGGUCCUGUUUUGAGCUCUGCUGGACAGACCCUAGUCAGGAGUGAUGCCUCCAGGCAGGUGGUACACGGUCCAUCCUGCCCAGGCCCAGGCCUCAAGGGAGCGUGGGCGCUUUCAGGUGGUCAAGAAAGAGUAUGAGGAUGAAGGCUACGUGUCAGUACAGCCUGCCAGGCCACAGACACUCAACCGUCCUGGCCAGGAGCUGUUCCGACAGCUCUUCAGGCAGCUUCAAUACCAUGAGUCUUCUGGACCCCUAGAAACACUGAGCCGGCUCCGGGAGCUCUGCCGCUGGUGGCUGCGGCCUGAUGUUCUCUCCAAGGCCCAGAUGCUGGAGCUGCUGGUGCUGGAGCAGUUCCUGAGCAUCCUGCCCGCGGAGCUGCGGACCUGGGUGCAGCUGCAUCGCCCCGAGAGUGGUGACGAGGCUGUGGCCCUGCUGGAGGAACUGCAGAAGGAUUCUGAUGGGACUUCGUGGAGGGACCCAGGCCCUGUCCAGAGCCAAGAUGUGCAUUGGAUGGGUACAGGAGCCCUGCGAGCCACAAAGCUAUGGCCCCCUGCUUCACCUCUCAGGAGUGGUCCUGCUCCGGGGGACCAGCUGGAGCCUCCCUAUGAAAUAGGAGUGCGUGACUUCCUGGCUGGGCAAUCCGAUCCCCAUGCUGCCCAGGUGCCUUCCCUUUCCCAGAGAGAGGGGAGCCCUGGGGACCAAGCGAAGGCAACAAGUUCCCCACCAGCCCAGCCCCAGGCAAUUUUGACUUUCAAGGACGUGGAGGUGAUCUUCUCCCAGGAUGAGUGGGCAUUGCUGGACUCGGCUCAGCGGAACCUGUACAGGGAUGUGAUGCUAGAGAAUUACGGGAACGUGGCUUCUCUGAUGGGACCAUUCUCCAAACCUGCUCUGAUCUCCUGGUUGGAAUCAAGGGAACCGUGGGGCCCGAAUGUCCAGGAACCCCAAGCUAAGAGAGGGCCAGCUGAUGCUCCCACUGGAAGUGAGCUCCAGAUUCAAACAGACAAGUUCAUCUUAAAACAGGAGCCUUUGGAAGAAGCAGAAACCUGUGCUGUGUUAGCGGUGUGUCCUGUAAUCAGUGUUUCUGAGGGAACAGAACUGCAAGAAUCUUCUGAGCCAAAGAACAGGUUAAAUGAACAGUGUGGAGAUGUCGUACAAGUGGAAGAUAAAAAAGAGGAGACUGAUUGCAGUGACGGGUAUAGAAAGGAACCACAAAUACUAGGAGGAGGGAAUAGUGGUGAGGUGAAACAUGUUACCUAUAUGCCAGUUUCCAAAAGAAAGCAGUCCCUGAGGCAUGGCUGUGGCAGAUACUUCAGAACGAGUUCACACCAUUAUGACUACAAGAAACAUGGGAAAGCGCACAGACUCAUGCUUGGGAGCUUCAGCCUACAUCAGAGAAUGCAUGCUGGGCUCAAAGGGAACGAGAAGGAUCUGUGUGGAAAAGGCUUCAGCCUCAGCUCUCAUUCCCAGCACGGGCAGAGUCUUCACCUGGCAAGAAUGUUGUACAAGUGUGGUGACUGCGGGAAGACUUUCAGUCGAAGCUCUCAUCUGGCAUAUCACCAGAGGCAUCACACUCAAGAGAAACCGUUUAAAUGCAGGGUGUGUGGGAAAGCUUUUGGAUGGAGCUCAAACUGUGUGCGGCACGAGAAGAUUCACACUGGGAUGAAACCUUACAAAUGUAGUUUAUGUGAGAAAGCUUUCCAGCGUCUGUCAGCCUACCGUCUGCAUCAGAAAACCCAUGCAAAACGCAAGUUUCUGGAAUCAAAAACGAAUCCAUAUGAAGAAGUUCUCAACUGCAGUAUGGAGUUUGCUUAUCAUUUGCGAGACCAAGAUGACGAGAGACCCUUUGACUGCAACCAGUGUAGAAAAUCCUUCCAUUGUAAAUCGUAUGUUGUGGAACACCAAAGGAUUCACACCCAGGAGAAACCUUAUAAAUGCACCACAUGUAGGAAGACUUUUCGGUGGAGGUCCAACUUUACUCGUCAUGUGAGGUCGCACAGAGAGGAACAGUUAUUUAAACAAGAGGAGUGUCAGGAAGACUUAAGGCAGGAGAAUUACAGUGAACCUCAGGACGCACCCUCUGGGGAGAAAACUUUCUCCUGUCAGCAGUGUGGGAAAACUUUUACUCGAAAGACAACCCUUAUAGAUCACCAGAGAGUUCACACCGGGGAGAAACCCUACCAGUGUAGCGACUGUGGGAAAGCCUUUGCCUACAGGUCGGCCUUCAUUGUUCAUAAGAAGAAGAAGCAUAACAUGAAAAGAAAAGCUGAGAGUGCUCCAACUUCUAGUCAGGACACGGUGCUCCAAGUUCCCCAGGGCAGCCACACUAAGGAAGAGCCCUACAAAUGUAGCCAGUGUGGGAAAGCCUUCCGCAAUCAUUCCUUCCUUCUCGCCCAUCAGAGAGUUCACACCAGAGAGAAGCCUUACAAGUGCAGGGAGUGUGGGAAAGCCUUCAGGUGGAGUUCCAACCUCUACCGCCAUCAGAGGCGUCACUCUUUGAAGAAACCAUAUGAGUGUCAUGAAGAGCAGAAGACUCCAACUCUGAAACCAGACAUCCUCACGGAAAAGAAACCUUUUUAUUGUCAAGAAUGUGGGAAAACCUUCACACGUAAAAGAAGUCUUUUAGAUCAUAAGGGUAUACACAGUGGAGAAAAGCGCUAUAAAUGUAAUUUGUGUGGGAAAUCUUAUGAUAGAAAUUACCGCCUCAUUAACCAUCAGAGAGUCCACUCUGCUGAGAGGCCGUUCAAAUGUCAGUGGUGUGGGAAGGAUUUUGUUGGGAGACAUACCCUUUCUCUUCAUCAGAGGAAACACAGCAGAGCGGCGCAGUCUGGGUGCAGCUUGCCUGGGUUAUCUUCUGCUCAGGACACAGGACUGAGUAUGCAGGAAUUAAAACCCAGUGGAGAAAUGCCCCCAAAAGAUCGUAAGGAGGUUGGUGACCAGAGCUCCAGGCACCCCAAACUGCAGAAUUUGCCCAUGGAGGGCAAGUGCCACAAAUGCAGCAUAUGUGGGAAAAUUUUUGACAAGCAUUCACUGCUCAUUAGUCAUAAGAGGUUUCAUACUCGAGAGAGGCCCUUCAAAUGCAGAGAGUGUGGCAAGACUUUCAGGUGGUCUUCCAACCUGGCUCGGCACAUGAAAAAUCACAUCAGAGAUUAGUGCAGGGCCUGACAGUGACAAUGACAACGGGAUGGGGAGUACCUCCUAGCUACCCUGCUAGAGAGCCUUUCGUGGUGGAGAAUGCUUCACAAAGGACCCAGCCCUCUGUAUUUUGGAAGCUAGUGGCAGAGUUCUGAGGAUUUACAAGCUUGCUGAGGCCCCAGCCCACCUGCCAGAAAGAGGUGCUGGGACAGAGCAACAAGUUCGCUGGGGCUUCUCCAGCUCCAGGAAUGGCCUGUGCAACAACAGCCCCCACCACAACUCUAAAGAGAGACCCUUUAUGGUUGUACAAAAUAUUUGAGGCCUGGUGGGCUGUAGCUGCUGAGGCUAGUUGGAUUCUGCAUUUCUCUUUGAGCUUGACCUGUGACAGUUUCUGUCCUGUUGAUACCAGAAAUAGCAGCAGCA